AUGAGUAUUCGCGAUUCCAUCCCUAUGCCUUAUGGCAGCUGCGGCAAAGGGGUCCAAGAGGGCCGCCAGUGGCGCAUUUUUAAUUCCCCCUUAAUUCUCUGCCGGAAGUACAGCGAGCGAAAAAUUUUGGAUCAACAAAAGGUGGUACUCCAUACCAGCCCACUUCAUAUAUACGGCGCUUGUUCUAGAAAAUCGGCGAUGGUGUUAACGACUUAUACGCCCAUCAUUGAGGGCCAUUCCUUAUGUGCUAACUGCUUUUUGUCAAUAUUAUCUAUCCGCCCUGGCUCGACAAAGAUCAGCUGUCUUAUCUGCAAAAACCAAAUCAUUAAAGUGACCGAGACACGGCCUGACGCGGUCUUCUCUCGCAUUCAGAAUCAACUAAACCCAUUUACUGACUGCGACCCAACUUUGCUCCUUGGAGUGAGUAUACUCACGCGGUCUACGAGCCUGUACUUCGGCGAGGAUACUAAAGCACAGAUAAAAAUACCUCGAGAAUACCGCAGUAGUUUAAUUACCUACGGUGUGCUUCAUUCACAAUGCCCUUGGAUUUAUAAGACUUAG